AUGGUGACAGCAAACAAGGCCCUGCCUGCAGGGGCCGCCCAAGCUGGGCUGCAGUCCCAGCUGCCGCCAUGAUCCCCCCCGCGGACUCUCUGCUCAAGUAUGAUACCCCGGUGCUGGUGAGCCGGAACCCGGAGAAACGGAGCCCCAAGGCUCGGCCACUGAAAGUCAGCCCCCAGCAGCCUGGACCCUCAAGUCCAGUCCCACAGCCACCCAAGACCAAGCUCCCCUCAAAUAUUUGUGUCCCAGAUCCUACAAAGCAGGCAGAAGAAAUCUUGAAUGCCAUCUUACCCCCAAGGGAGUGGGUGGAAAACACGCAGCUAUGGAUCCAGCAGGUGUCCAGCACCCCCAGCACCAGGAUGGACGUGGUGCACCUCCAGGAGCAGCUGGACCUGAAACUGCAGCAGCGGCAGGCCCGGGAAACGGGCAUCUGCCCUGUGCGCAGGGAGCUCUACUCGCAGUGUUUUGAUGAGCUGAUCCGGGAGGUCACCAUCAACUGUGCGGAGAGGGGGCUGUUGCUGCUGCGAGUCCGGGACGAGAUCCGCAUGACUAUCGCUGCCUACCAGACCUUGUACGAGAGCAGUGUGGCGUUUGGCAUGAGGAAGGCACUGCAGGCCGAACAGGGGAAGUCAGACAUGGAGAGGAAAAUUGCAGAAUUGGAGAGCGAAAAGAGAGACUUGGAGAGGCAAGUAAACGAGCAGAAGGCAAAAUGCGAGGCCACGGAGAAGCGGGAGACUGAGAGGCGGCAGGUGGAGGAGAAGAAGCACAACGAGGAGAUUCAGUUCCUAAAGCGGACGAAUCAGCAGCUGAAGGCCCAACUGGAAGGCAUUAUUGCCCCGAAGAAGUGAUAAUUUCCAUAUGGGUCUCAGCAAACACUACUACCCAAUCAUAAGCCCUUUGUAAUAAAAAGCUAGUUUCCUGAGUGAGCAAGCCAUAUCCUCCCCUAAUCACCACCUGUGUGUUUUUCAGAAGUCACGCUAUUGCCCCAGUGUCAUCAAACACUUAAGGUCUGCCAGCCAGGCACCUGGCUGGGCAGUAGAAGGUGGUGUAGGCCAGACAGUCUCAGCAUAUGGCUUAUUAGCCAACCUUGGGAUUUGCCAACUCAAACAGUAAGACUGGCUUUCUCAUCGCCACUCCACACCAUCGCUUAUUUCUGGCCAAAUGAAGCUGCUUCUUUGCCCCUCAAACUUUUGGUUCAUUCAUCUUGCACUUCAACUUGGGCUUCUCUGGUCUCAGUCCUUCCUUAUUUGAUGGUUUUUCAUCCCUACUACAAUGCAUUUCUAUAGUUACUCAUUUUUGAGCUUUGGUUUUAUACUGUAUUGUUCCCACCUGCUAAGUCAACUGGAUUUCCCCCCCCCUCCACUUUCAAACUACCUCGGUUAGGAACCAAUGGCAAAGUCAAACCCAUGGCUUUGCAGAAAGUAAAUGUUUGCUGGAAAGGAAUACCAGUCACAGUGUCCUUUUGAGCUGUUAGCAACUCAGCUUCUCCACCACCAGAUUUGAUUUGUUCACCUUAUUCUGCAGAAAAUCUAACCCUGACUCUACCUCCCCAGUUAGCUAUGUUUAAUUAACUGGAGAGGUAACCAAAUCUCACAUGUAGCUCUAAUUACUAAUGAUCAGACUAUGGCGUGGAGACAACUGCAUUUUACUAUCUCUCUUAAAUCAAACUCUUCUGGUUUUGUAGGCUGAGAAGAUUGAAAUAGUGGCAUAAAUCUGGCACGGGUGGCAUGAUGGGUGACUUCCAUCACUCAGUGAAACUGCACAAGUAACAUUACCUAAAGGCACUGACAUGCUCAGUAUCCUCCUGAAGAGGUGCAAGAAGGGACUCACUUCUUACCAGAGCUUGGAUCCGCCACCCACCCUGGUUAGGACUUCAAGACUCACUGGAAGAACCAUAGUCCCACAGGAAGAGCUGUGUUUCCCUGAGACAAACAUGCCCCGUAUGCUCUAGUCUCGAGUUUGAAGUCACAGCUUUCACACUGACACACUGUCCUGAGGAAUUAUGAGGCUCCACUAAAAUGACCUGCCCAUGUUGUCACCUCCAUGGGAAAGAACCCUGUCCACUGAGAUCUGCUAGUUCCAGGGCUCUAAGACAGUAAUGCACAUAUGUCCUAGGUGGGUCCACUUCAGACUCAAUGAGGGACAGAAGUUGCUGCUGCCUUUCCUUCAGAUAUUAAAGCCCAGGCCGUGUACACAACCAUCCUUGAGAUUUUCUUCUUUUGACAGUUUUGUACCUUCUGCUCCAAUUUGCUAAUUACCAGCACAAGAGAAAUAUCACACUUUCCAUUUUGUAGACCUCAUCCCCUAUUUCUGUCAGAUGUUUUCAUGACAGGGUUACUCUCUGGAGGGACUAAGAGGGCUAAUCCAAGCACCUCAAGUGCCAAUGGACGCGAUCACUGAAAUCUUUAGGGCUGAGGGGGCUUUAAUCUUCACCCGGGCUGGUGAAUGGCUUCAACUGUCAAACCUCAGAACAAAUGCAAUAUGGCCUUAGAAAUGCCAGCUUGUGGGAAGAAAAUGAACACAAUUUCUAAUUGCAUAUUUUUGUAUAAUUUAAUAAACAACUUUGUAAACGUUA